UCAUAUGGUGAGAUGGAUGACUGGGACACCAGUGAUGAAUUCAUUCAGCGACUGGAUUUUUCCAGUUGUGGUGAAGAGAGUGAAGACAGAAGUGUAAAUGAGGAGGAUGCCCUGAGCUCAAGCCCCCCCCGGAGCUAUGAGUUCCGCAAGUGGCAAAGGAGCAGUCCUCUGUCAGCAACCCCUCAGAGAAAGCUUAGUGAGGUUUUUCAGAGCAGGACAAAGGCCUGGGUGAGUCCUACUGUGAAGCCUUCACCAUCCGUGAGCCACAGUAUUGCUGAGACACCACUGCACAUCACCUGGAAAAAGCUGCAGCUGUGUGACACCCCCCACACUCCCAAGAGCUUGUUAUCGAAGACAGCUUUUCCUUCAUCUGGGGCAAAAAACCCAUCCAAAGGCUUCCGACAUCUGAGAUUUACUCCCAGUACUGACUCUGACUCUACCCAAGCUUCUCUUGUCAACAUUAAUCCCUUUACACCAGAGUCAUAUCGACAGAUGCUCUUUCUUCCUAAUGGCAAGCGGAAGACCAGAGGAGACUUGAGUGAUCCUGAUCCAAGAAGCCAGAUAAACCAGGAGCUGCCUACAAAGAGAUACCCUCUGAAAGAGAGCAAUAUGGUUUCCCGCUACAAGAAGGAGUUCCUGGAACUAGAAACAAUUGGUGUGGGGGAAUUUGGCUCUGUCUACAAGUGCAUCAAACGCCUUGAUGGAUGUGUUUAUGCCAUCAAACGCUCCAAAAGGCCUCUGGCAGGAUCCUCGGAUGAGCAGCUGGCACUGCGUGAGGUUUAUGCUCACGCUGUCCUUGGACACCAUCCCCAUGUUGUGCGCUACUACUCGGCGUGGGCAGAGGACGAUCACAUGAUUAUCCAAAACGAACACUGCAAUGGUGGGAGUCUCCAAGACGUGCUGCUGGAAAAUGCAAAGCUUGGCCAGUACUUCCUAGAAGCAGAGCUGAAAGAAAUAUUGUUACAAGUCUCCAUGGGGCUAAAAUAUAUUCACAACUCUGGCCUUGUGCACCUGGAUAUCAAACCUAGUAAUAUCUUCAUAUGUCACCAGCUGGCAGUUGCGAGCCCUGCUGGGCAGGACGACAGUGACAGUGAAGAUGAAUUUUCUUCUGGCGUGGUGUAUAAGAUUGGUGACCUUGGCCAUGUGACAUCAAUAACAAACCCCCAGGUGGAGGAAGGAGACAGACGGUUUUUGGCCAACGAGAUUUUGCAAGAGCAAUACUGCUAUUUGCCGAAGGCAGACAUCUUUGCCCUGGCACUCACAGUAGCUCUAGCAGCUGGCGCGGCACCGCUGCCUCACAAUGGGGCCAUGUGGCACCACAUCCGCAAAGGCAACAUCCCAUCGAUCCCCCAGAAGCUUCCUCAUUGCUUUCUUGAACUCCUCAAGCUUAUGAUCCAUCCUGACCCAGCGGAAAGGCCUUCUGCCACAGCUCUUACUAAACAUCCAGUUCUCUGUCCCUCACGUGGAAAAGCCAUGCAGCUCCAGAAGCAGCUAAAUGUGGAGAAGUGCAAGACUGCCAUGCUGGAAAGGGAACUUAAAGCAGCCCGACUUGCCCAGACCCUCAUGAAGGACCAGCCCUUAGGAAAUGCCAAGUUGCAAGAGUCUGAAACCUCUUCUAAGCAGAACAGCAAGCGCCUGGUGGGCGGGAAGAGCUGUCGCUCAUUUAGCUUUACUUUGGGUUACUGA